UAAGAAUGAAAGUAACGUUUUAUGGUCUUCGUGUUUCGUUGGAAAAUCUUAAAGUAAGAUUAAGGGAAUAUAAUGUGAUUGCAGGCAAACAAAUAUCAAUGACAUCAGAAGCGCAACACAAUGAAUGUACAACAGAUAUAAAUUUUGCUAUGCCGGAAGAUUGUGUUGAUAAAUUGAAUUGGUCACAUGAAAGAUUUAAUAUCGCGGUUUUUCAUAAGCUUAAGAUCAAAGUUAG